CGAGAUUUACUGAAUUGCUCUGAAUUGAAGCUUGAAUUGCAAGUCAUUGGAACUGCUCCAGCUGCCAAUUGCUCUACAACCGAUACACUUAUACACACAUACACAUACACACAUAUACACAACACUGACUUGAUCACCACCACCACCACUACCACCACCACCACAUCUUGUCAUAUUCAUACAAAUUCAUACAAGACAACAACCGACACAAUGCCCGUCAACUACGUCUUCACCGAAUCAGCCCCCUCCCAGACCAGCUACUUCAGAUCCGGUCGCGGCGGCGCUGGCAACACCUUCCGCACCUCAACUCUCACUCCCACAUCCUCAUCCUCCUCCGCCUCAUCCUCCUCAGCACAGCGCCAGCUUCCCAACCAGCGCUUCUUCUCCGGAAUCGGCGGCGCAGGCAACGUCCACCAGGCCGCCCAGCUGCAGCCCGCUCUGCUGCGCUCCCUCGAGACCCCCGGCAACCAGAACCCGCUGCGAGGCCACGUCGGCCGCGGCGGUGCGGGGAAUGUCUAUGGCCGCAAGCCCAGCGAUGCGAGCAGCGUGUCCAGCGCGGGCAGCGAUGCGAGUUCUGUCAGCGAGAAGGCCAAGAUGUGGGCGUCUCGUGUGAGCGGCACUUUCUCACGGAAGUAGAAGAGAAGAUGUCAUGAUGUCUACUCUACUGCGUUGGUUGAGGAUGGAACUGGACUCGAAGAAACCAAAGAACAAAAGAUAAAAAAAACAACAAAACUCGGGCGUUGAGAGGAUACGAUACGGAACUGGACAUAUUUGGGAGAGCGAUUUCAAUAAACAACACAAAACAAAAACAUCCAAGUCGAUGUUAUGGAUUAACGAUUACGAAUAUACCCGCCCGGUUUAUGGGCCACUGGAAUUGAAUUGGAUGGAGUUUUGGAGCGGAACUAGCAAGCACGGAAUGGUGCUUUGAGAAAUGGACGAAAAGUUACUUGAGAGAUAUAUUACAUGUAGUUGAUAAUACUAAAUCAAUGCAAAGCCAUUCUACUCGCUUCUC